CGCUGUGCACGGCGCGCGCUGAGACUCCGAGCUCACAGUCGGGAGGACAGAGACAGAGAGACAGAUCGCGGAGGAGGAGAGAGAGAGUGUGUGUGUGUGUGUGUGUGUGUGUCUUUAUUCGGUGGACGCGACACACCGCCCGCGCGCCUAUUAUAAUUAUUAUUAUUAUUAUGGGAUGCUUUUCUUUAGUUCGGAUGUUUUUGCGCGCGUGUAAAGUGUGUGUGUGAGAUGAGAAGAGAGACGUGUGGGAGCAGGACAUCACCAUCACACACACACACACACACACACGCACCGGGGCUGCUGAAGACACCGGACCGCGCGCGCUCGGGGUUUCCUCUGCUGUGCCGUGACCGAGUGUGUGUGUGUGAUAACGAGCUGUACAUACACACACACACACACACACACCUCCCUGCAGGACCUGGGCUCUGACUCUCUUCUCUUCGGGAUUUUUUUCAUUCUGAAUUUUGGAUAACUGACCCCGCAGGAGUGUGACUACGGACACACACACACACACACGCGCGCGCGCGCGGAGAGACGGAGAGGAGAGUGUGAGGAGUCCCACAUCCAGCCGGAUCAGAUUAAGGAUGCCCCACAGCGUGAUGGACUCAGCGAUGUCCUGUUGGUCGUCCCUCUUCCUCACCCUCCUGUUCUUCUUCGCCGCUCCCGCACUCAGCUCCAUCAUGUACCGCCUGCGGGAGGAGCAGCCCCCCAACACGCUCGUUGGCAGUUUAGCAUCAGAUCAGGGACUUCCUGAUUCCGGUCACCUGUACAAACUGGAGGUGGGCGCCCCCUACCUGCGGGUGGACGGAAAGACGGGUGACAUUUUCACUACGGAGGUUCCCAUCGACCGUGAGACAUUAAAAGACUGUCGCAACCUGUUCGAGGGCGACCCGUGCUUCCUGGAGUUCGAGGUUUCCAUCACGGAUCUGAUGAAAGGUUCCGGUCCGCGGCUCAUCGAAGGCCGGAUCGAGAUUCAGGAUGAGAACGAUAACACGCCACAGUUCUCGUCACCCAUCUUAUCCCUAUCUAUUCCUGAAAACACACUUGUGGGGGCGCUGUUCGCCAUCCCUGUAGCUACGGACAAGGACACGGGCAGUAACGGAAUCGCAGAUUACUCACUAACGACAGGCUCCGACGCAGCAUCUCUGUUCAGCCUGCAGGUGGCGGAAAACGGAGAUGAGAAAGUGCCGCAGCUGAUCGUGAUGGGGAAUCUGGACCGUGAGCAGCGUGACUCGUACGAUCUCAACAUUAAAGUAGUUGACGGUGGAAGUCCCUCACGCUACAGCAGCGCCCUCCUGAGGAUCACCAUCACUGACACUAAUGACAACGUCCCGAAAUUCGAGCGGUCACACUACGAAGGAGAACUUGCUGAAAACAGUCCUGUGGGUCACACCAUCCUGCAGGUGAAGGCCAACGAUGCAGACAUGGGAGAUAAUGGCUUGGUCACGUACACCAUCUAUCAGCCAUCGCCAAACGUGCAGCGCCUCUUGGGCAUCGAACGAAACACCGGCCUCAUCUACGUAAAAAGUCCAGUGGACCGUGAGGAAGUAACCCUGCUCAAAUUCUACGUCCAGGCCAGAGAUAACGGACCGCAACCCAAGAGCUCCAAAGCCAUGGUGACCAUUACAGUGAAGGACAAGAAUGACAACGCACCGAUCAUUAGGAUCCGUGGAUUUGCCCUGGUGGCUCAUGAGGCCGGGAUUGCCAACAUUUCUGAGGACAUGCCUGUGGGAACUCCGGUGGCUUUAGUAGAAGUGUCCGAUCAUGACGAGGGUGAAAAUGCGGUGGUGACUUGUGUGGUGGCAGGAGAUGUACCUUUCCAGCUUCGUUCAGCCUCAGACACAGGAAGUCGAAGGAAGUAUUUUCUUCAGACAACAACACCAAUGGAUUACGAACGUGUCAAGGAAUACAGGAUAGAGAUUGUAGCUGUCGAUUCAGGAAACCCAGCUCUUUCCAGCAGUAACUCGCUGAAGGUCCAAGUAACAGACGUGAAUGACAACGCUCCAGUUUUCUCUCCGUCUGUGUACGAGGUGGAAUUUCCAGAGGGGAAUCAACCAGGUGAUAAGGUUUUGGAUGUAGUGGCAACUGAUGCAGAUAGCGGCACCAAUGCUGACCUAACGUACAGUAUCGUCUUAGACUCGGCCAUCAAGGGCCUCUUCGAGAUAAACCGUAACACCGGCGAGAUCAGAGUGAUGAACCAGUUAGACCGUGAAUUCAAAGAACGCUACGAGUUUCACGUGGAAGCAUCUGAUAAGGGCGUUCCCAGCAUGAGGGGAACUGCGACAGUUGUGGUUAAUGUCCUCGACCGCAAUGACAACGACCCCAAAUUCAUGCUAAGUGGCUACAGUUUCUCCGUCCUGGAGAACAUGCCUGCGCUCAGUCCGGUGGGAAUGGUGACGGUCACAGACAUCGACAAAGGUGAAAAUGCUCGGAUUCACUUAUUGGUGGAACCAGACAACGGCAAGUUUGUGAUUCAAAACGGCACAUGGACGAUCCUCUCCAGAAUUUCGUUUGAUCGGGAAAAAGAAAGCACAUACACGUUUCGUCUAAAAGCUGUCGAUGGAGGUGAACCUUCUCGUUCCUCUUAUGUGGGAAUUACAAUAAACGUCCUGGAUGAAAAUGAUAAUGCGCCUUACGUCACCAAACCUUCCAACUCCUCGUACAAGUUCCUUCCACCACUGACAAGCCCGGACACUCGUGUGGAGAAAGUAGAAGCGGAGGACAUCGACAUGGGAUUGAACGCAGAGUUAGACUACACCAUCAUGGGUGGAAAUCCUCAUGGACUUUUCCGCAUUUCUCCAACAGAUGGUGAGAUUACGCUGGUAAAAGAAUUCACCCGGAAACAUAACGGCCUCCAUCGCCUGGUCGUAAGAGUCAGCGACAAGGGAAAACCCGCCAAGCACACGACGGCGCUGGUCCACAUCUUCGUAAACGAGACCAUUGGAAACAUCACGCUGGUGGAAUCGCUAGUCGGCCACAGCCUCUACACUCCUCUGGAAAGGGACAUCGCUGGAGACCCAGAAUACGCUCGCGUCCAGCAGAGCAACAUCGUGUACGGUAGCCUCGCGGGCAUCGCCGGGGUCAUCCUGGUCAUCGUGGUCGUGGUUGUUAUCCGGCACCGUCUCCAAAAGGAAGCCAAGAGUGGAUACCAAGCAGGAAAGAAGGAGUCUAAAGAUCUUUACACACCCAAGCAAGGAACUAAAAGCAGCAAGGGCAAAAAGGGCAAGAAGGGCAAAACUCCAAAACCUGCAAAGUCCUUGGAGGAGGACGAGGAAGCGAGUCUUCAGAAAGGUUUAAAAUUCAACCUGAUGAGCGAUACCGAUAGUCCCCGAAUUCAUCUGCCCCUCAACUACCCUCCCGGGAGCCCCGAUCUGGGGAGACACUACCGCUCGAACUCGCCCUUGCCCUCCAUUCAGUUGCAGCCGCAAUCCCCUUCGGCUUCCAAAAAGCACCAGGCCGUUCAGGAUCUCCCGGCUGCAAACACCUUUGUAGGGACCGGAGACAGCAACUCCACGGGUUCGGAUCAGUAUUCGGAUUACAGCUACAAGACCAACCCUCAGAAAUACAGCAGCAAACAGCUGCCGCACCGCCGAGUCACAUUCUCCACGGCCAAUCAGGCGCAGGAUCUGCAGGACUCCUCCCAGCACAGUUACUACGACAGCGGAUUGGACGAGUCAGAAACGCCCAGCAGUAAAAGUUCUUCAGGGCCGAGGAUCGGACCGCUGGCGCUGCCCGAGGAUCACUACGAGAGGACGACUCCGGACGGCAGCAUCGGAGAGAUCGAGCACCCCGAGAACGAUCUGCGGUCGCUUCCUGACGUGGCGAUGACGGGGAAUUGUACACGCGAAUGCAGCGAGUUCGGACAUUCGGAUUCCUGCUGGAUGCCGUCGCCGAAUCGCAACAAACUCUCCAAGAGCGCUUCGAAACUCUCCACCUUCGUGCCUUACCAGGAGCGGGAGCCCCAGGAGCCGCUGAUGGCCAACGGAAGCCCAAAGCCAAUGGGGGAGGAGCUUGGGGGUGGGGCCUCCAACAAAAUGCCCAGCAUCCGCUUCAUGGCCCCUUACACUAGUGCCUACUCUGCAGGGGGCGAGGGGGCGAAGGAGUGCGCCAUGGAGGAAAUCCCACUGAGUCAAACGGCAUCGACCACACCCUCCAGCCAGGGGUCCAAGAGAGAGAUCUACCUGUGAAGAGUGAAGAGAGAGAGUAAGCGAGGGGUCGUUUAGGGGUCAUCAGGGUCAUCACCAUCAACCCAAGUGCACACAGGAUUAGCAGCGAGACCAAAACAUUGCAUCUGGUCUUUCAGGAACUGGUCAGCUAAUGGGACCAGUCAGGUCUAGGGUCAUCGGGGUCCUAUAGAGCUAAAGGUCCCUAUCAGUGUCGUUAAGGUCGUCAGGGUCGACCAGCUUGUUAGGCUUGUUAGAAUUCCUUCCCUCACUUGAGUGUGUGUGAGAGUUAGACUGAGACUAAAGAGAGUAAACAGCCCAAGGUUUAAAGAACUAUCAGGAUUCUAAUGCUGGACUUCAGACAAAUUAGUCCUGACCCUGUACCCUACCCAAACCCCACCCCCAAGCACCUAAUCAGCCCCUCACCCCGACCUUAACCUAUGACCUGAACACAGCUGGAGCAGUGAACCCAGCUCCAGAUGUGCUUUUUUACCCACAGUGCUCUCCGCGUGUCCGAGGAAACACUUUCUCCACCGUGCUUCUGUUCUCUCGCUUCAUUUCCUGUUCCUGAAUCCAUUUUGUACUGAAGGAAUCUAGCGCGCACGAUCCGAUUUACGCGCUUUUCACUCGGAUUCAGAAUGUAAACGUUUUUAAUUCACUUUUUAUGAUAAUUUAAUGCUGUAUAGGAACUGUUAAAGUGCACAGAAUGUCCCCUUAAUCAGCUGCAGCUGGGACACUUCAUCUGUCUGCUUAAUCCAACUCGAUGAAGGACACACACACACACACACACACACACACAGUGCGUAUUUACAAAUGAGAAGAAAGACUCUGAAAUGGAGAGAAAUGCUCCCUCCUGGUGUACAGUGCUGUAAAUAUGCUCUGACUGUGUGUGUGUGUGUGUGUGUGUGUGUGUGUGUGUGUGUGUGUGUGUGUGUGUGUGUGUGUGUGUGUGUGUGUGUGUGAGUGAGUGAGUGAGUGAGUGAGUGAGUGAGUGAGAGAGAAAAAGAGAGAACAGGAAAGUUUGGGGAAGGAUGGAUUUGGAGCGACACCAGGUGCCUGGGGUUCACAGCAAAUGGAAAGCAGCAGGUCGGUGUAAUGCGAUUAGUCAGGACUGAAACGCUGCCACUGCGUCCUGCAGCGCCGGCGUCCCGGUCGCCAUGGAGACCAGGUGGCUCCCAAACACACUCUCCACCACCAACUGUCUCUCUGCGUAAAAAUACACAGCCAGCGAAUGUGAGGAUGGAAGAGCUGUCUGAAGAAGUGUAUGGUGUGUGUGUGUGUGUGUGUGUGUGUGUGAGAGAGAGAGAGAGAGAGAGAGAGAGAGAGAGAGAGUUAAUACAACUAAGAGACUUCCUGUGCUGCGAUUGGUCGAUUAAACUACACACUCCUUAAACAAACCAAUCAGACAAAAGGAAAGAUGUGUACAGUUUUGGACAGUGAUGUGUGUGUUUUGUGAGUCGUAGCAGGAAUAAAACACACACACACACACACACACACACACACAAACAAAAUUUACAUUUACAUAUAAAGACAUGUCCCAAACUACACACAGUCGCCUCAUCUACAUCUGUGUGUGUGUGUGUGUGUGUGUGUGUUUGUGCGCGUGUGUGAGACUGUACUGACAGCUAUACACUUUGCUGCUGAAACGCCUGCAGUUUCUGUCCCCAGGGAGAAACACACACACACACACACACACACACACACACACACAAACUGAUUGACAUACCCUACUUGUGUAUGUGUGUAUGUGUGUGUGUGUGUGUGUAAAAAUCAAUAGGACGCUAGCAUAUUGUCUUUAAAGUAAAGCUGCUGUCACUUUUGUCAAGAUUGUAUUGUUUUGCAUCUGUGUGUGUGUGUGUGUGUGUGUGUGUGUGUUACACUGACACCGACCAUAUUGAAAUAACAUAAUGAAAGAUAGCAUGCAUGUUUUAAUCCUUAGAACCCUGUGAGAGGGUGCACACACACACACACACACACACACACACACACACACACACACACAUCAGUUUGAAGGUUUAUGACACAGUGACACAGCGAGUAAGGAGAGCAGUGUUUACACUCCGUGUGUGUAUUAUUUCCUUUUAUAUCACUGCAUCCAUGUGGAGCGUGGAACACACACACACACACACACACACACGCACACACACACUCUCCAUCUGUGCUCUGGAUUCCCCUUUCAUUGUAAUUAUUGAAAUAUUAGAGAUUAUUAUUGAGAUAUUGGACCAGUGAAUGUAUGAUGAAGGCGAAGCUGACGGUUGCUCAGGGUUCCUCAUGGUUUCUCAUGGUUCCUCAGAGUUCCUCAUGGUUCCUCACAGUUCCUUAUGGUUCCUCAGGGUUCUCUGUGGUUCUCUGAUUACUAAUAAAAUCUCUCAUGGACCUUCAGGUGAGCUAAAGCUGAAGAAGGAAUCCGGUAUGAAGCUGUUAGAAGUUUUUAUUUUAUUUAGUUUGAUAUGAAGGUGUGAGUAAUAUUCAUGUGUGUGUGUGUGUGUGUGUGUGUGUCCUGCUUUACAUCUUUAUAUGUUUAUUAUUUUAAGUUUCAUCAUUGUAAUAAACCUGUAACGCUGCGCUGUUGCUUCAUCACCUGCUCACUUUAUUACAGUGUCCUCAGUUUAUUAAACACACAAAAAGACGAGGAAAGAAACAUCUUCAACCUCCUACACAUAACUAACAGGGUAAACACACACACACACACACACACACACACACACACAAACCUCUGGAAGGCCUUGUUCACACGGGCGUUUUUCUGGCGUUUGUGGCGUCCGGUGAGCGGGGCUCAAGCGCCGAGGGUUUUCUACACAUAGGAGUCGAUGAGAGUGUUCACACGGGCUUUGGUGACGUGCGUUUGUCCGGUUACGUGUUUAUACGGUGUCAAAAAACGUUGCAUGCAGCUUUUUCUGGCCGUUCAAAUCCCAGCAAACGCUAGGAAAACGCUUCUAGUCCUUUUUUUUUGCGGAAAUGAAGAAAAUGCAGAAAAAAAACUAAAUAAGGUGACAAGUAGUUUGAUUGGUUGAUCGGCGUGCAAUGUGGCAUUGCACCCACUGCAGCAGACAAUCAAAAGUAGAAACUAACAUCCGACAGUAAUUAAAAAACUUGCGCAGAAAUUUUCGCAUUUCUUCAUAAACCACAAAAAACUUCCUUUAAUCCGACGUUGUGCAGUCAGAGGGUGAACCCAGUAGCGGCGGCAAAUUUUUCUCUCCCUAUGUCGCCGUAUCACGAGAAAUUUUAAAACAAGAAGAUUCAUGUCUAAUAUAGCAAAAUAGUUCCUAACACACUGCCUCCACAGGGUAACACAGAAACUACAAUCUGGGCUGUAGGCUGGCAUUAGACAGAGACAAACGAAUGCCAGUGUAGAAGUCAAUCGAGCGCCGCUACAAACGUAACAUAAACGUCUAGGACGUUCAGAGCACGUUUGUUUAUCCAAAAAUUUUACGCCUGUGUGAACAAGGCCUAAAAUUUAAGUAUAUCACACUGCUGUUUCACUACUCGCUCACUCUUACACCUGUCUCACUAUUGUCUCAUACCUGUCAAGGCUGUCUCACAUUUGUCUCACUUGCCUUUCACUAUCCUGCUGCCUUCCCUCGUUUGAUAAUAAUUUGUUCCAGUGUGACAUCACACACACACACACACACACACACACACACAUUCUGUGUGAAGGGGCGGAGACUGAGCGUGUUGUAUUUAUAUCCUGCUUUGUGAUGCCUUGUUUUUCUCUGUACAGUUUUAUGUACACGCUGAUGUGGCUUGUUUUCUAUCGGCUGAGAGCCGCAGUGUGUCGCGUGUUAGACUGCGUAGUCCAGGAGUAAAUGUCUAAAAUGUGAUUAUUACACAGAUUAUUAUAGUCUCCCUUUUUCUCCUGACGUUUGUGUUUAAAGAAUAAAGACCAGUGGCUUUUUAUUUGCUUUUUUUUCUUUUUAUGUUGUUCUUUAUCAGAACCGCAUGUUCUACAUAAACAAAGAUAAACAAAGGUGAAGAAAAAAAGGAAAUGUGGUCUCUUAUUUUUUGCUGAGCAAAUCACAGAAAUACGAUCUUGUAAUUACUCCUUAUAGCUUUACAAUAAAACA